UCUGCUCUGGGGAGCAGUUGAACCUGUGAAUUCAUUCUAGACAGCUCCUCACCUUCAUCACUUGUUGGACCUCAUCAAUAGCUACCUGGGACAGCUAAUGUGAUUUCUCUAAGUCAUUGACCUUAUAUAGAAAUACAAUACUAUAGGUUGCUCACAAAAGGAAGCCAGAAAAACCUGAAGACCUAGAGGGGGAAGGAUUGAGUCCUAGCUGGCUCUGGGAAAAACCACCAGACAUUCCCCAGUCUCCAAGCAAGACUACAGCUUGCCAAACUUCUUCAUCCAGAAAAGAAGAUAGACAAGAAGAGAUACUGUCAUGGACAGAUUGAAAGUUAUUGAAGUCUUUGAAGGCCUCUCCUUUCCAGGAAACUUGCACACCCAAGAGAGCCUGCGUGCUGCUGUCAACUUCCAGUUCCAAGACACAGAUGUCCUUUUGGUCACCUUCCCCAAAUCAGGUACAAACUGGAUGCAGCAAAUCCUGAGCCUCAUCUUCAACAAAGAGAACCCCCAGCAUGCCCAAAGCCUACCUACCUGGCAACGUGUCCCUUGGAUUGAGCAAAUACAUUUAUUGAAUUGUUUGACUGACGUGAAGACAUCCAAAGUACGCCUUCUCACCACUCACCUCCAUGCCAGAUUACUGAUCCAUAAGUUGAAGAAUACCAAAACUCGAGUGGUGUAUAUGGCACGGAAUCCAAAGGAUGUCCUGGUCUCUUACUAUCACUUCCACAAGUUGGCAAAGUUUAUGCCAGAAUUUGAUUCCUUUGAAGAUUUCUUUGACCACUUCCUGGAGGGCAAAGUGUUCUAUGGUUCCUGGUUUGACCAUAUAAAGGACUGGUUAUCUGUUCAGCAAGAACUGAAUUUCUUUCUGAUCACUUACGAGGAGCUGUCCCAGGAACCUUGCCAGACUAUCCAGAACCUGGCCAACUUCCUGGGCGAACAGCUGGAACCCAAAGAUCUUCAAAACAUUCUGCAUUACUGUAGUUUUUCCUUCAUGAGUCAAAAUGAACUGCUCAACUAUACCCUUAUCCCUUCGGAUGUAUUUGACCACAGUGUGGGAAAGUUUAUGAGAAAAGGUGAAACAGGAAACUGGAAGGAACACUUCUCACCUGAGCAGAAUACCAGAUUCAAUCAUGUCUACCAGAGAGAGAUGGGGGAUCUCAUCAUUAAAUUCCCCUGGUCUCAGGAAUAACCAGGAAAACAAAACUCAGACCCUUUAUCUCAGGCUUCUUGUAAUGAUGCUUUACCUUUCCUCUGACCCUCUUUCCAUCCUACUUUAAUAAGCUGUAGAGUGUCCUCUAGUAAAGAGCCUCAUGUUCUUUAUGUGUAAAGGGCUCAUUUUGGAACAAAAUAAGACACUCGAGAGGUUAUUCCACAGUUUACAAAAGGAAAGUUACUUAACCAAAGAAGGCAAUUCACUUUCUUCUGGGAAGAAUGGAUUUGUUUUUGCCUAGAUUGCUGAAUCUGGAGUCAGGAAAACCUGAAUUCAGAUCCAGCCUCAGACACCUCUUAGCUGUGUGAUACCAGGCAAGUCACUUAACCUUUAUCUGCCUCAGUUUCUUCAAUUAUAAAAUGAGGAUAAUAAUAACAGUUCCUAGGGCUCUUAUAAGGCCCAAAUAAGAGAGUUGAGAGUUUAAAUAUAGUAGGUCCUUAAUAAAUGCUUAGCAUAUUUUUUUCCAGCUAUGCUAGCCUAUUUGUUUCUCACAUGCAACACUCCAUGACUUUACACUGGCUUUCUUUGGUGGGAGGAUGACAUUUAAGUUGUUACCCUGAAGGACUGGAAGGAUGAUGUUGGGGAUUGGGGAAAGAUUUAAGAGAAAGAUAUCCAAUUCAAGACUCUAGACUGAAGUCCAGCAGUGAGGUUGGAACUAAAUAGUUAGAUUUGGGAAUCCUCAGUGUAGAGAUGGCAAUUAAAUCCAUGAGAAAUGAUAAGAUCCCUAAAUGAAAGGGAGAAAAGAAGUGGGUCUAAGGCAAAACUAUGAGAAACACCUGUAGUGAGAGCAAACGAUUUAGAUAAAGACACGGGAGAAGUAGUCAGAUAGGUAGGAGGAGGACCAGAACAAAGUGGUGUCCAGAAAACCCAGAGAGAAGAGGAUGAUCAAUAAUGUCAAAUACUGCAAAGAGUAAGGAGAGUAAAGAUUGAGAAAAGGCCAUUGGAUUUGGCCACUAAUACAUCACUGGUAAUUUUAGAGAGGCUGGUUUCAGUGGAAUGAUUAGGUUGGGAGCCUGACUGUAAGGGGUUAAGAAACUGAGAGGAGAGAAUAUAAGAAUAUAGAGGACUUUAGCUAUAAAGGGCAGAAGAGAAAUAGAACAUAGCAGUAUGGAAAGAUCAAGUGAGGAUUUUCUUUGUUCUCUUCUGGAAUUGGCAAUGACCACGUCAUCUUAUAUACAUCUUUAUCUCUGUUAUCUCUAGCUCUUAUCACAGUACCUCCCAUAACAGAUGCUCAUGAAAUGCUAGUUAAAUUAAGUUGAACAAGUCAAGCCAAGGGUAUAUCAUGACGCAUACUCCUGGCUUGGAAUUUAAUAAUGGGUUAAACGAUAUAGGCUGACCUUUCUGGAUCUCAGUAUAGGUCACUUAACAUCUCCGGGAACUCGAUGAUGAACUGUAGACCUUGCUCCCCUUUCCAGAAGAGUAUUCACUGGCAGGCACAUUGCAUAAGAGAGCUCAUGACUUAUCUGGGCUGAAGUCUUUACUAAUGCUCAUUAAUCCUAUGUAAUUUUUUUGCCUUUAUGAUAAUCCCUCUCCUAUAGGAAACCCCCCCCCCCCCAAAUAUCACCUUUACCUAAAUGCUAUAAGGAGCUGGUUGAUAGAGAAUGUCAGGCAAACACUAAAUGUUGAUCAUAAUAAAGGAAUAUGUCCCUGGAGCCAACUCACAUGUGGAUCUGUACAAGUCAGGACAAGUGACAAAACAUAUACAUGAUAAGAGCUCUGUUUUGACAUACAUUACCCCCACCCUCAUCCCAAACCUUUCUACUUGGCUGAGAAUCUCUUUUCUCCUCUAGUUUUAAUGAUCAAAUGUUGUACCCAGGCCCAUUAAAUGCCCAUCUGUUAAAAA